CCCGCGGCGCACUGUUACUGCGGGCACCAGUUCGGCAGCUUCGCGGGGCAGCUCGGCGACGGCGCCGCCAUGUACCUGGGCGAGGUGCUGGGCCCGCGGGGCGAGCGCUGGGAGAUCCAGCUCAAGGGCGCCGGCAUCACCCCCUUUUCCCGACAAGCUGAUGGUCGGAAAGUCCUGCGGUCGAGCAUACGGGAGUUCCUGUGCAGCGAGGCGAUGUUUCACCUGGGAAUACCAACAACAAGGGCUGGGACAUGUGUGACGUCUGACUCAAAAGUCGUCCGUGACAUAUUUUAUGAUGGGAAUCCAAAAAAUGAGAGAUGUACAGUUGUUCUGAGAAUAGCCUCCACAUUUUUAAGAUUUGGUUCGUUUGAAAUUUUUAAACCUCCUGAUGAAUACACUGGACGCAAGGGUCCCAGCGUUAACCGAAAUGAUAUUCGAAUACAGAUGCUUGAUUAUGUGAUCCGCACUUUCUACCCAGAAAUCCAGGAGGCUUAUUCAGAUAACAGUAUUCAGAGGAAUGCUGCUUUCUUCAAAGAGAUAACCAAACGAACCGCAAGAUUGGUGGCUGAGUGGCAGUGUGUUGGGUUUUGCCAUGGUGUGCUGAACACAGAUAACAUGAGCAUCGUUGGACUGACCAUUGACUAUGGCCCUUUUGGAUUCAUGGACAGGUAUGACCCUGAGCACAUUUGCAAUGGUUCUGAUAAUACAGGGCGCUAUGCUUACAACAAACAGCCAGAGAUUUGCAAGUGGAACCUGGGGAAACUUGCUGAAGCUCUAGUUCCAGAGCUGCCUUUGGAAAUAAGUGAACUCAUCCUGGAAGAGGAAUAUGAUGCAGAAUUUGAGAAACAUUAUUUGCAGAAGAUGAGGAAAAAACUAGGCCUAAUCCAGCUGGAAUUAGAAGAAGAUAGUAAGCUAGUAUCUGAGCUCCUUGAAACCAUGCAUCUCACAGGUGGAGACUUCACAAAUAUUUUCUACUUGCUGAGUUCAUUCUCAGUGGACACUGAUCCUUCAAAAUUUGAAGAUUUCUUAGAAGAGCUUACAAGUCAAUGUGCUUCUGUGGAAGAACUGAAAGUUGCUUUCAAACCACAGAUGGAUCCAAGACAACUGUCAAUGAUGCUGAUGUUGGCUCAGUCUAAUCCGCAGCUGUUUGCAUUAAUUGGAACAAAAGCUAAUAUAAAUAAAGAAUUAGAACGCAUUGAACAAUUCUCUAAACUGCAGCAGUUAACAGCUGCUGAUUUACUCAGCAGAAAUAAAAGACACUGGAAGGAAUGGCUGGAGAAAUACAGAGUCCGUUUGCAAAAAGAAAUAGAAAGUGUUGGUGAUGCUGAUGCCUGGAACACUGAUCAUGUGAAGGUCAUGAAUUCAAACAAUCCAAAAUAUAUCUUGAGAAAUUAUAUUGCCCAGAAUGCCAUAGAAGCAGCUGAAAAUGGGGAUUUCUCAGAGGUAAGAAAUGUACUGAAACUUUUAGAGCAUCCAUUCCAAGAAGCAGAAGGUUUCAGGGAGGUAAAGGAAGAUGCAGAAGAGGAGGGAGCAACUGCCACAGCAGCUGCUUGUGCUGAAGAGACCAGAAGCAAACUACCAUAUUGCAGCAAACCUCCACUUUGGGCUUCAGAGCUAUGCGUUACAUGAUCUUCAUAACUGCCUUGUUUUGUUUUUUGCUGUAAACUGAAGACUCUGAUUCUCCUUCAGCAGUGAAGAAUUCAGCAAGGCAAAUAUCAAAGUGCUAUUAAGUUAUUGAGGCAACCCUACAUUUGGAUGCAUCUGCAGCAUUCUUCAUCUGUCCUUAAUUGGAAGCAAUUGUUGAUCAGUGGAACAAACCAAUGACAAUUAACAGUUCCUAUACAUCAGUAAUCUCAGUGUUUUGAGGCUGAAAGUAUUUCCUUUAUCCAUACUACAUCACAAGUGUAAAGCAAUAUUUUAUGCUGAGGCAGGCUGAAUUUUGAACAUCCAAAUGCAGUUGUUGUUAUGUGAAGACAAAAAUAGCAAGACAGGAAUCUGAUCUGUUUUUGUCCGAUGUCUUAACUAAUAGUACUUCUAAUAUUUAUUUACUGCUUUCUCUAUGCAGGAACUUUUAGUCUUCUUUAUUGGAGGAACAAAUUCAGUGUUGCUUAUUUGAAGCUAUGUUUCAUUUAAUUAAGUAGUUCAUUUCUUGUGAACCUUCAGAUUGGUAUUUAAUCAUUAUCUAUUUUCAGAGAGUUUGUGCAGGGCAGGCUCAAGUUUGGAGGGAGGAAUCGAAUUUUUUUUAAGACCAGAAUUAAGGGAGUUUAUAUACAUUUGCACUUGAAAACUUAGUGAUGAAGUUUAUUCAGGCUCAGGAUGUUGCAUACAACAUGUGUAAAUAUUUACUAAACUCGUGAGUGCAGUUUGUAAGCCAGUUGCCUCGGGCAGGAUCCAUUAGCCAAAUUAGUGAACCUUAAACUACCCCAGCACUCAAAUCCGGGUUCACUGUGUAUUUUUUUCUGUGCUUCUAAGUCUCGCUGUAUGAGAAGCGUGUAUGUGGGGUGCCUGCUCAUCACACUGGUCAGUGGGGUUGUUCCAUUCCCAAUCUGGUCUUGCACCAUUUAGUUUACUUACAUGGUCUUUGAAAAAUCUUUAAGUUUGAAGUUGCCAUUCAGAAAUGUGCUAUUUGAGCUUGUGUGAAAGAUGAUGGAGGAUGUGGGAGGAGAACAGGAGCUGACUUGCUUGCAAGUUACUUAUUGGUAACAUUUCUGUUGAGGUUUCAGGGGAAAGUUGGUUGCCAUUAUUGCCACAUUAGCAAAAGAGAGUUGUUCUGUAAUUAGAUGUUACUUAGCUUUCUGAACUUCUUUCUAAAAGACUGUUACUGGUUCAGACACCUGCAAAGUUUGCUUUAAUGCAAAGGCUUCUCUUUUCCAAAGAGACCACUGUCUUACACUGUGAUUUAUGUGUACUCAAGUAAAUUCUUCCACUACCCCUGUGCAAGCUUGGUAUUAGCUCAGGUAGAAUUGUGCUCUUUUAAGUCUUCCUCUGUACAAGCUGUCAAAAACCAGGAAGAACAGUUGGACUGCUGCUUAUCUGUCUGUACUAAUAAUCAGUUUGUCCUCCUUAGUGCUGCAGUACACAGACUAUGUUUUGAAUGUAAACAUUCACUCUGUCCUGCCUUCAAGCUGAAGAAACUUAUUUAUGACAAACUAGAAUCUCUGACAAGUACAGCACUUUCUGUGAGGUUUUGGAGUUCUUGCAGAAAAGAACAAAAUAAAGGUGUAUUUACAUAGCCCAUGGAAGAACGGUGCAGCUGAAAGAGGAAGCACCUCGAAGAAGUAGGCAGCAAGUAAUGCCAGCCAGUGCAGCUGAUCAUCUUCUAGGAAUAAUCCAUUUUUGUGGGAGUUUGAGACUUUUAUUGAGGAUUAGCUUUCCUCUAAACUUGGGGUACUGGAAUCAAACCAUUUAAUGGAAACUUCUAGCAGAAAGUGAGGGCUGGGUAAAAAGGACUGCACCAGAGAGGGGAAGUGUGCUAGCAGUUUGAAAGAGGCUUCAAAUGUUUCCCUGCGGAAUCAGUGGUCUCUUACGGGGUGCCUGGUCCAGAAGGGGAGUAAUGGAGUGGGGAGAAGUUGCUCCAAGCUGAUUGACAUAACUGUGCUGAUUUUGCUUCUCAAUUUACAUCCUUCCGUGUGGGAAGCAAAGGGGAACAGAGUUUUAGAGGAGCUCUGUCCAAGCUUUUGGCUUAACAGAAUGGUCUAACAUGUAAUGAUUCUUAACCAUACCUAAGGGAUCAAGUCUUUUUAAUGGCAUCCUGAUAAUAAUUUAGGGACAUUGAGUAGAUCUGUAUUAGUAGCGGUAUGGAGAGGGAGAAUAAUAUUAUAACUCUGUGUUUGAACAUAUGAGAAUUUUAAUUAACUACCAAAUUGUUGUCACCUGUAAUGCCAAAAUCAUGGAGAUACUUUGAAAUAACUUACUAGCAAUGUCACCCUUAAAAAGGAAAAUGAAUACUACAGUGAGAAACAAAAA